GUCUCAGUCGCUGGCGCAUAGGACCUACUGGCCAGGUUAUCUCCCACAGCGCGCGGCGUCGGACUCGGAACCGGGAACUCCGUUGCUCGCGCGGAUCUCGCCAAGCUAUUGCCCGGGGCCAUCUGGUCCUCUGGCUGGGCAUAUAAAUGCCGAUGCCCCACGCCCCUGACGCACUUGAAUGCACCUGGGUGGUGGGCGCCAUUGUCGACAUUGGUGGAGGGCUAUCUGCCGUCGCUGGCAAUUUGGUUCUACGCCGUCAUUCUGGUCCCGACAGGUGGUGUGGGAGCUUCGUGUGUGCUCGCGCAUGGUGUGCAUCGUCGUAUUGAUCCGAGACCUUCAUCGGGUGAGGGUGAAUUGCUCGUUGUCGACUGGGUUUCGCCGCGGAUUGUCUGGUUCCGUGGCCGGGGGGGGGUCUUCGGCGCCACUACCGCGGUGAGAUCACGAGAAUCUGAAGAUCAUCCUGGUACCUGGAAUCUUGAGUCUCAGGCAAGUUAUGCCCUUGACCACUCCUUUUUACCUAAUAAUGUUCACUAUUAAUCACUGUGACAUGUUCAAGUUAAUUUGAUGGGACCUAAUAGGUUUCCCUAGCAUUGUUUAUCCCCUACCUUGCAAACAGAUGAAUUAUUGGGUAGUUUUGCUAUUUAUCUAUCUGGUUUUGGAAACUAAUGUUUCAUUAUGAUCAUGUUCCAAUUAUGUUGUUGUUUAAUUAUUUUUCAUGAUAAGAUUAUAUUGUUAAUUGGAACAUGGGGAACCACCCGGGAAAAUAGUGCUACCACAAGGGUGGUAUGGGACGCCCUUGGCUGACUAAUUAGGAAAGUUAGUGGAGGACUACCUUACCCGAAAGGGGCAAGGGCAGUAGGGGAGUGGUUAGUGUAGGGAGAUCCUCGGGUUGAUUUUGCUGCGAUGGCGGUCAGACGAGGGAUCCCUGUAUUAGGACUUCCUAGAAACUGUAGCAGGUUUUCUGAAGCUAGUGGAACUUUGUAAAGGCCUCGUAGUGUUACCCUUCCUCGCUUCCUUGGUAGAGGUGUAUGGGAUUCAUGACCCCUUGACAGAUGUGUAACAUGACUUGUGGGUAAAGAUGUGCAACCUCUGAAGAGUGUAAAACUGGUAUAUUAGCCGUGCUCACGGUCAUGAGCGGCUCGGACCCUCACAUGAUUAAUUUAUGGAACCAAACUUAAUUUGUCAUAUGCAUUGCAUCGCGGGUGUUGUUACCAAUUUUGAUCUAUUACUUAUUUGGGUUGGUAUCUACUUACACUUAGUAACUGCUAAUAAAUUUUUGACCAACUUUAAAAGCAAUACUCAGCUUUAGCCAUCCUCUUUGGUAAGCCUUACACUUCACAUGAGCUCCCACCUUUGGCGAGUUCAUGCACAUUAUUCCCCACAACUUGUUGAGCGAUGAACGUAUGUGAGCUCACCCUUGCUGUCUCACACUCCCACAGGUCAAGAACAGGUACCACAGGAUGAUGCGUAUGGAGGAUGCUAUGAUGAGUUCGUGAGAGGUCUAGGCCGCCGUCUCCCAGUCAACUUUGGGUUGCCGGAUCGCUGUCUUUAUAUGAUAUAAUUAUUUAACUAUUUUGUACAGGACUCUAUUAUAUAUAAAUGAUGUGACAUUCGUUUCUGUACCAUGAUUUAUCAUAUGUGUGAGACUUGGUCCCAACACACUUGGUGAUUAUGUUCACGCCCGGAUCUUAGUGCCCCCGAAAUCCGGGUGUGACACAGGUGUUGUAUAAGAGAGGAGGCUACAAUGAACGUUGGUUCAUAUGCCAACCUUCUUUGUUUAUAUAUGCAGUAUGUAAGGAAUCACAACCAUAAGAUUGUUGCACCCCGAUAAAAGUGCGAGAUAGUGUCCGACUCAGUCUCUUGACCGACUCGAACGAGCUCAACCCCAACAACAUUAUGUUUCCUCCUUUUAAAAUAUAGGCCAUUUAUAUUUUCAAAGUUAUUUUUUAAAACCUUAACCAAAUUUAUAUGAAAAUAUACCAACAUCAAUAACAUGUUAGUUCUGUAAGACCCGUUGACUUACUUCUUAAUAGUGCAUUAGUCUACAAUGUAUAUGUUAAAAAUAUUGCUCAAAGUUAGAAAAAACUCGAUUUCAACCAAUCUAAAGAAAUCUAGUAAUGGUGGAAUGGAAGAUGAAGGCAAAGUUUGAAUCGUUUUCAAAACGAGUGGUAUUUGGGGUGAAUGUCUAGUCUCAUAGUCCAGGAAAAAAUGGAGGUAAAAGAAGAGUUCAAACUGGACUAAGGUGGUCUUCCACCAAAUAUUUUUCCCUUUAGAUAUCCCUCCAAAUAUCUAACCAUUCCUUCACCUCUAGAGGACUACUCACUUUGUUCUACAAUAGUUAUUGCUAUAAUAUUUAUAUAGGUCCAAAUUUUCUAAAUUUGACUAGAUUUAUAAAAAAAACUAUUAGCAACAUUUAUAUCUCUAUAUAAAUUUAUACACAAAAUUUAAAGAUCUAUCUAAUAAUACUAACUAUGCACUAUAAAUAAAUAUUGAUAUGUGCACGUGUGUGUAUAUAUAUGUAUAUAAGUCCAUGCAUUACUACAGUUUUUGUAUAUUAUAUAAGUUGUCUUAACAAUCAAAGUUCAAUUCUUAUUUGUGUAUAAUUUUAUUCCAUUUUUUAUUAAGCAGGAAGAAAAAUGGUGACGCGGGACGGCCAUGAAACCGAUGCUUUAUAUAAUAGAGAUGGUUAAAAUUUAAAAUAAUUGAUUUUUCGAAAAUCUGCAAUAUCAACUGUUUUAAGACGGAGGGUGUAAAUAGGAUAAAGUAUGGACCCGGGCAACAAACUGGCCUUUGCAAAAGCGCCCUUCAGCUCCCGGACCGCUUCCCCUGAGCUGCUGCCCAAGAACUUCGACACCACUUGCCCACCCUCCCUGGAUUCUUGCGGCUCUUCCUCGAGCUCAUCGAAUCCUUCAUGGAGAGCGCCGAGGGACCGUCCCCGUACUCCGGUGAUCGAGCGGCACCGGUUCAGGAUGGCAAUGGCCAAACUACACCUGGGCAUAAUUCGCGAAGGCCAAACCUUUCUUUGCAAAUACCAGCUAGGACCUUGGAUACCAAUAUACCUUCAUCGACAAGAGUUACUAUAUCCUGCAGCCCCAGUUCAACGAGAGUGGGUUUGCCACCGAGACCUAAUUCGACGAGAACAAAAUCAUCUAUCAAGAACAUGAAUCCUCAGCACAGUUUCAGAGCAAGGAGUUCAGCCCAGGAAGGUGAUCGAGUGGUCCUUCUAAAUCCUGGGACGUCAUCUGAAGGGCAGCAGGAUAAUCCAAGCACAGCAAGAUCAUUUUCUUUUAGAAAGGUCAUUAACUCAUUAUCGGCAAAAAGGACCCAUUCUCUUCCAGUAACGCCUGUAGGAACUACUGACAAGGCUGCAUCUCCUCCAAAUCAAUUAGAUACCCUGCCAACUACAACUCAGAAUGAAGGAGUUGAAGCAAAAAUUAGGCGCUCACUUUCAGUACCUGGAAAUCGCAAAAACAGAAGUUUGAGGAGGGCAGAUUCAUUAGGUGUCAUCCGUGUGAUUCCAACAACCCCAAGACCUGUCCCAGUCGAAGCAACCACAUCAAGCGAUAUAAUUGAAGAAACAAUCGAUGUCCCUGAAGAUGGAGGCGAAGAUAUUCCUGAAGAAGAGGCAGUCUGCAGAAUUUGUUUUGUUGAACUCAACGAAGGAGGUGAAACACUUAAAAUGGAGUGCAGCUGCAAAGGAGAACUUGCACUUGCACACCAAGACUGUGCUGUCAAAUGGUUUAGCAUCAAGGGAAACAAGAUAUGUGAUGUCUGUAAACAAGAAGUUCAGAAUCUGCCAGUGAUGUUACUGAGAAUACCAACUCAAACUGCAAACAGGCGGGUAGCAAAUGCUGCUCAGCAGAGAGCAGCUCAACAAUACAGAUUUUGGCAGGACAUUCCAAUUCUGGUGAUGGUUAGCAUGCUUGCGUACUUCUGUUUCUUGGAACAACUCCUGGUUACUGAUUUGCAGUCACGUGCACUGGCAAUUUCGUUGCCUUUCUCGUGUGUGUUAGGCCUCCUUUCUUCAAUGAUAGCAUCAACUAUGGUGUCGAAGAGCUAUCUAUGGGCGUAUGCUUCAUUCCAGUUUGCUAUCGUUAUCCUGUUUGCUCAUAUCUUCUACAAUGUGUUGAAAGUGAAUCCAGUCCUUGCAGUCUUACUCUCCUCAUUCACUGGGUUUGGUAUUGCUAUUAGUACGAACUCUCUACUAGUAGAGUAUUUGAGGUGGAGAGCUAGGAGGAAUCAGCGUUUGGCUCAGCAGGCUGCCAAUGCUGCACAGCACCAAGAAUCUGGAAAUGAUGGUGGAAAUGACAACGAUGACGCUCAGCAAGGGCACGAUCCAAAUUCUGGGAACAAUGCUGUGUGAUGAUUCAGGUUCUUGGUGCAAAAAUCCAGCACCAAAAAAAAGAUUAUGAAAUGGUAUGGGUGUGAACAGCUGUUUUUUUUAUCUGUACAGCAAGUAUAGCUCAUUCAACGCGGCACCAGUCACAAGCUGAAACCUGGAAAAACAUAUCUUCAUAUGCCACGUGGAGGGCGCUCACGGAUAUCAUUAUACAUCACGCAGAGAUGAAGCAAAACACGAUAUGUUUGUGUAUUAGUCCGGUAGUUUGACUUCAAAUGUAUCUGUUAUUCAUUUUAAGCUUAAUAGAUCUAAUGCAUUAUAGAAGUACUUCGGUAAGUGUGUGCAGCUUAUAGUUGUGAGUUGCGAGUAUAGCCCCAUAUAGAUAUACAUCAAUGAAAUGUACCUUUCCAGUAUAUUGAGGUUUGCUAGCCGGCACGGAACGGAAGAAAUCCUCAGAUUGAAUUGUGAUACAAUUGUCUCAACUGAGAACUACAGAAUUGUAUGCAAUGCGAGCGAUUGAAAUA